GCGCGCGCGCUCCACGCGCUCCCAUUUCAAAUCUCUAAGCCGAUGCGAUCGCGAACGCGACGUUUUGUCUCCUAGUCCUUUUGUUUUAUUAUUUUUCUACAUGGAAGUAUUGAGGACGCACCUCAUUCCCAUUGUAGCAAUUCUCUUUAACGCAGUGUGAACAUGCUUUGUUGGCUCACAAAUGAAGUGUUAGUUCUACUUUCUUAAAAAUUAAACGAACUGAGCCCUAUUGUGAAUAUUAAUCACGUAAAGUUAACUUGCUGUUAAUUAUUUCUACAGUGACUUUUUAUCGGAUUUUUAAUCGAAUUAUUAACGUUUUUGGAGCUAAUUUGUGAUGAAAAAUGCUUAACCAAGGAUUUCUGCUGCUGGUAUGCGCGUGCUGUACCCUAGCCGCGUUGGACGGCUACAGCCCGCAGCAGGACCCUGACCAGUUCCACAUCCAAACCGACGAAGACGACGAGCGCUACUUCCUGUACCAGACACACAAUGGACAGUAUCGAAAGGAGAGGAGACUUAAGGAUGGAUCUGUUGUUGGAUCUACGGGUUGGGUAGGUGCGGAUGGAUAUUUACGGUUACAAGACUACAUUGCAGAUAAUCAAGGCUACAGAAUCUACAAAUCGAAAACAGUUUACGUUGGACAAAACCGACCCAUUGGUGAGUCAUUAAAAAUAGCAAAAACAGCACCAACAGAUUCUGGCUUUGGAGUAACGCCGGCGCCUACACCAGCGGUACCUAUUCCACGAGGACAUUCACGAUUUAGAACUACAACACCUACUCCCAAUAUACCCUCUACUUACCUAUCAUUACAUUUCCCCGCCGAAGUUGCCAUCACACCAUCCCCUCUAUCACCAACAUCAACACCACGUGUUUUCGUUUCCCCGAAUUCCGUAGAUUCUUCCACAAAAUACGACUUUAGGCCAACUGUAUCGCCUAUUACAGCCAGUGAAGCUUUACCUUCAACCAGUCCUUACGAUUAUGACUCUUCAAAUACAAACACAAUUGACGACGGUUACUAUGGUAGUGACAGCUCUCCGUACAGACGAUAUGACGUCUAUAAUCCUAAUUCUUAUCGCCAUGCUGACGACUGGGUCCGCAGGCAGCGCCCUGGAUUGCGCCUAGGAGAUGGCUACACUCCACAAUUCGCAGGCUACGAUGGUGUAGCUAUUAGACGAAACGGCUUCCGUUACUAUCUCCCAAAACAGUACCAUGAAGAACAAUCCGGAGAUUCAGAUGACAAAACAGGAAGUUUCGGCUAUAUUGAUCCUUUUGGUAUCCGACGAGUGAUAUAUUAUAAUUCCUCUCCCGGCGGAGGAUUCCAAGUGCGCAAAAAUAACAGAUACGUCGGGCAUAACGCGACGCCUUACGAUCCUAGACCUAUAGAUUAACGUAGAGCAAACAAUUUGUGAUAAUGUGAAAUUGGAAGUUACCUAUUUAUUUAUCAGUAUUGCUAGUGCACAUGAACUGCACUUUCUUGGAGACAAAACGAAUAUAAUCGAACGAUGCGAAAACUUCUUAGCCAUUAAUUCAUUGUAAGUGUAGAGUUAAUAUUUAUCUCAUGAAAGACGCUUCAUAUUUUAACAACACUUAGUUAUAGUAUACGUCUAUGAAUGCUUUGUACAGUUAAACGAUUUUGGUUUUGAAAUGUUUCUAUUUUUAUCUCUAAGUAGGUAAUUUGUCUUUUAGAAUAUUUACAAAGCUUUAAAACUGUUUCUAUAGUGGAACAUUUUUUUUUUUCAAAUCUCGGUGCCAUUAAACCUGUGUAUUUUGAGUUGUUCAGUGUAAAGCGUCGUCGUGUCAUAGAUAACACCAUUUCGUACCUCUUCAGUAUAUUAUUAUUAUUUUUAAUAAAUUAAACUUAAAUGUUAAUACAGGUUAAUUUUUAAUUAACCUUUUAUUACUUUUAAGCCAAAUUUUGUAUUUUCUGGAAAAAUUAAUACAGACGUCUCAUACAAAUCGAUAA